GCAAGCAACUAUUAUCAGUUUGCAAAACGCUUCCGCUGUUUCGCCUCGCCACCGGCCACACCGAGUGGCGACGACCGCUCAGUUAUUUUCGUGUAGCGCUAGAGAAUAGGUACGCGCGAAUUUCCGAGCAUGGCGCGAAAACUGUGUUUACGUCAAAUCAGAGAGUUGAAGUCGCUCAGGAAACUCUCCACCAGUGUUGCGUCGAGGAAAAAUGAGGAGUUCAUCAUCAAAUCGCCUCUUGGCGACGUCGAGGUCCCGAGAAUGAGGUUUUUGGACCGCGUCUGGAAAUAUUCGGCGGGAUUUCAGGACCACGUAGCUGUGGAAUGUGCCGAAACAAAGAAGAGCUACACGUACAGAAAAGUUAGGAAAAAUAUGGCGAUUUUCGCAACAUCCCUGCGAAAGAAACUAGGUUUAAAAGAAAACGACGUAGUUUCCGCACUAUUGCCUAACAGCCCAGAGUUCCCUAUCGUCGCAUUCGGUACAAUACAGGCUGGAUGCAUCUUUAGUCCUGUGAAUCCAAUUUAUAAGGAAAUCGAAAUAAGCCACCAAAUAAGUACAACACAGCCAAAAGUAAUAAUAACAAUACCGGAAAGUUACGAAAACGUAAUGAAGGGAAUGAAACUUGCAAAAAGUUCUGCUAAAGUAAUCAUUGUUGAUAGUCCUAAUAAACCGGUGCCUGCUGGAGUGAUACGGUAUUCUGAAAUCUCCGAAUCCGGGGAAGCGGACUAUGUUUUACUCGAUACAAUUGAUAAGAAGGACGAUGAUGUAGCUAUCAUACCGUUUUCGAGUGGUACUACAGGAUUUCCUAAAGGAGUGGAGAUAACUUAUAAGAAUUUGCUGGCUGCAGCUGAAAUUAUGGCCGUCAAAGAGAAUUGUUUUCCAAUUUUAACACACGGUGAUUUCCAAGACGUGGUCCCGUGUAUUCUACCAUUCUUCCACAUAUACGGCAUGGUGGUGACGUUACUGGGUCAUUUCACUAACGGCUGCAAGUUGGUGACUCUGCCGAGGUUCUCAACUGGUCUUUACUUCGAUGUGCUGAGGAAUCAGAAUCCAUCAAUUCUGUAUGUAGUGCCUCCUGUUGCAAUUCUCCUUGCAAAGCAUCCAGAUGUAACUAAGGACCAUUUCAAGAAUGUCAGAACUAUUGUAUGCGGCGCCGCACCAUUAUCGUCUUCCGAUGUUACUGCACUUUUGGAGAAAGGAAAUGGAAAGAUGGAGUUCUCUCAAGGCUUCGGCGCGACGGAGACGACUUCUUUAGCAACGUCCACAUUCAUUGGCACGAAGGACGUCGACUACUCGUCUUGCGGCUUUGGACUGGCUAACACUGAGAUGAUGUUUGUUGACCCUGUGUCUGUACAGCCUGUACCUAUUGGAGAGUCAGGAGAACUCUGCAUCAGAUCACCAACAGUGAUGAAGGGCUACUACAAAAACGCCAAGGCGACAAAGGAGUCCAUGACAGAAGAUGGAUUCUUCAGGACUGGCGAUUUGGGGUAUUACAAUCCCAAAUAUGGAGCAUAUGUUACUGAUAGAAUAAAGGAGCUUAUAAAGGUCAAAGGAAUGCAAGUAGCCCCAGCGGAAUUAGAAAGCAUCCUCCGAUCACACCCCGCCGUCCAAGACGCAGCAGUCAUAGGCGUCCCACACGAAUACUACGGGGAAGCACCCAAAGCGUUCAUCAUCAAGAAGACCGGGCUUAACACUUCAUCAGAGGAGAUACAGGACUAUGUUGCCAACAAAGUGGCUUCUUUUAAGAAGAUAGAAGAAGUUGUAUUCGUCAAUAACAUUCCGAAAACCAGUUCGGGGAAGAUAUUGAGAAAAGAAUUGAAGAAAAUUUAUGCGUAGUUGUAUUUAUGAAAAUGUAGUGCGUGUGCGUGAAAUUCUGACAUGGUCUGCUGAUUGCUUUUCAGCUUCAAUUGAUUUGUUCGUUCAAACGUGAUAUUGAUUUUCGAUAGGUAUAUAAUAUCUACACAUUGUUCUGCCAAGUAAUUUAAGGCUGCAUUUACACUUAAGAUACGGAUAAGCACUCAAAGCAUUCGUCAUCGAGAAGAAUAUUUAAGCUUAAAGCUGGUCAUCUGAAGAAAAACAAAAUUAUGUUGCAGAUAAAGUAGCGUCGUUUAAGAAGAUAGAAGAAGUUUGUCAAUGAUAUUAUGCCAAAACCUUGUUCUGGAAAGAUAUUGGAAAAGGAAUUGGAAGAAAAUCUACAAGCACCUACCUAUAAAGUAAUUACUAAGAAUCUAAAUAGUUAUAAAGUACGACUGAUUGGAAUGUGUCUAUUUCUAUUUCUUGUUCAUAAAAUUAGCAGAACUCCUAAAAUGUUAUUAAAUAACAAAAUCCUAUACUCAAAACAAUAGCGAAAAUUGCCGCUUUAAUAUGAGAAAAAUAAUUAACCGUCACAGAAAAAUGUGACGGUAUAUUUUAUUUUAUUUAUUUGGGACAAUAAACAAUUACAUAUUAUAUAUUAAAACUAUAACUUAAAUAUAUCUCAAAAAUAUCUACAUUACAGUAAGUUAUUCAAGUAAAGCGUUAGUUUUUAAAGUCCUUUUCGAAAGUUAUUUCUAAUGCUCCAUAAAUAUCAGCUGCUACAGAAUUCAAAAUAGCACCUUACUGUAUUUAAAAUUUUGUGGUAUAGGCAUAAUCAGUUUUAUUAGAAUUUUUUUAUAAUAUUAAAUUGAAAAUGUUUUGAAUGAUCUCUAAAUGUUUCCAUGCGUGUUUUGCUGUUAAUAAUAUGUUUAUUGUAUUAUAAUAUCUAGUAUACCUAUUUGGUUAUUUUAAAAUUUGGUUUUGUUUACUGGGGCCAUAUAAAAAUGUUAGGAUAAGACGUGUUCCAUUUGUGGACGUGAUAAGUGAGUGUUGUGGUAAUAAGUGAGGUUUUUAAGGUUUAUCCAAUAAUUGUAUUUGUGAAAGUGCCUAUUCCUAUUACUUAUAUCACAUAAUAACAGAUAUUAUUAUGGUUGUGAUUUUUAUCAUAAUAGGUACAAACAGUAGCUUUUUCAAUUGAGGAAUUUUUGUUAGGGAUUGGUAACAAUAAUUACGUAGCUCAGUAUAUUAAUUUCACUAGUUUCAUAAAAUGUGUAUCUAAGUAAAUUUAAAAACUAGUUAAUUAAAUAAAUAAUUAAAAAAAUAUAGGUACUCACUCAUAAUUGUUUUUUUUUACUAAAUUACAAUCAGGUAUUUACUAAGUAAGGGUAGGUACUAGGUAGGUAUAACUAACUAUAUUGUGUAAAUUACUGUAAGAAAUUGUUUUAAUAAUGUUUUGUGAAAUAAAAUUGUUUGAAAAAAGCA